AUGAAUGCCGCGCCUGGACUCUUGACCUCGAGACUCGAAAAUGAGAUCUCACCUGCGACAUUGGCGAAACAGUGGAGGAAUGUCUUCGAAGCUGGCAAAGCACAAAACCCUCCCAUUGCAGCCAUCACAUCUAGUGCUUUCUUGUAUCUGGCUUGGUGUGCUCGAGCCGGGUCACCGAUGUUUAGUCGGACUGUGCCAGGUCAUGCUGCGCUGUACUGCUCCGCUGCCGCUUUGACAAUUGCCAUUGUACCCUACACAAUCAUCGCGAUGCGCAAGACCAACAAUGCCCUUAUCGAACAAUCAAACUCGACAUCUGCGGUCACGGAGAAGAAUGCCGGGGAAAUCGAGCAACUGGUUCGUGAUUGGAUCUCGCUCAACGGCUUCCGGAGCCUUCUUCCUCUGGCUGGAGGGCUCGUCGGUAUCUUUGCAGUGCUUUCUUGA